GGAAGAAACAGCAUGGUUAAAAUCCAUCCACUCUGUGUUUUUAUGCACAGGAACACCAGGCCGAGUCACUUUGGACAGGUGUAUUUUGAGGAUUAGAGCUGGAUCUUGGAGGUCUGCCAUUGAACCUUUGACUGACUGGAUUGGCACUUAAACAUGGACAUUCUUCCUCUGUUGGUGCUCUUUCUUUCAUGGCAGACUAAAGCAGUCAGGACGAAGAUGAAGUUGACCCCUGCAAGCCUGAUGGUUGUCCGAGGAGACGAGGCCAAAUUCACGUGCAGCACUUCCUACACUCCUUGGACUGCUAUGACGUGGCUCCUUGGGGAUAGACCUGUACUAACUAUCUCCAAGCAGGACGGUGUUGUGCCCUCUGUCAACCCAAACAUAACAGCUGUGAAAUGCUCGAACUCAAAGACAGACUGCUGGGAGUUUAUCCUGAGGAGCACAGAAAGGAACAACCAAGGACAAGUUACUUGUGAUUUGCAUCUCAUUGAUAGAAAGAUGGCAGAGCUCUUUGUACAAGAAAAGGGCAGCGUGAGAGUUUUUGGAGAGAGCAAGUUGGCAUUUAAAGGGGAGUCGGUCCUGUUUCAGUGUCAAGCAGCAGGAUGGUACCCUGAACCUACUCUGCAAUGGCAGGUGCAUGACAAAAAGGUGAGUCAGGAUGAAUACAACAUCAGCGUAAAGGAGAUGGAAAACUUCUUCACCGUCUCCAGCAACCUCAGCAUCCCAGCAGAGAGGAGCUCUGUGGUGGACUGUUUGGUUUCAGUGUCUGCCCUCAAAGCACCUCUGAAGAGCAGCAUCAAUCUAACAGUGGUCGCAGAGGUGUUGGAGGAAGAGGAUGACUGCACAGUCCUGGUGGCAGUAAGCGCCUCUCUUGCCGCUCUUCUGCUGCUUGUGUUGCUCUCCCUCUGCACUGUCCUCUGCUACAGACAAAGGAGAAAAGCAAAAAAAAGUCCACAGGAGGCAGUAAGGUUCGACCAAUCAGUGUUUGGGGGAAGCUCGGUUGCUGAGGCGACAGGCGGGAAUGUCAACCAGGGGUUUUCCACUGAGGACGCAACAGAUGUGAGCAGCAGUGAAGUUAUCAUCGGAACUCGCAGCCAGAUGAACUUUGACACCUUCCACAAGGUUCCUCAUGUUGUCCACUCCAGCAGCCUCUCUUUGCACACUGAGGGCCAAACCACAGAGUUUCAAGAAGACAACACAUAUAGCAUUGUCAGAAGGAUUACCACAGUUUAAAUACUUUUUAUUUUGUAUUAUUUGCAAAUAUAUUAUUUACAUUCAUGUUUUAUAUUAUUUUAAAGCACUAUGAUAUUGAGCUUGAUGUUCUUCAAUAAUUCUUUUGCAUGCCCUGAUAAUCUCUGCUUCUUUUUAUAUUAUCCAUGCAGGCCAAAGUGAUUCAUCAUUCAUAGUACAAUUUUGUUAUAUAAAUAUGUUCAUAUCAGUGUUGACACAGCAGAGAUGUUUCUACAGAAGAUGCUCUUCAAAAAAAUAAAUAUUUGAAAGUCCUGCAGAAUGUCUGAAAACUGCACUGAGAUCAAAAUGAUUGCCUUUUA